AUGUCAACUUCUUCAAAACUUGGAUGGCUAUCCAAACUGGAUGUAUCAUCCACUCCAGAGCGCAAUCUUCGCCGAUCUUCCAUUAUUGGUACGAUUGGUCCUAAGACUAACAGUCCAGAAGUACUUGUCAGUCUGAGACAGGCUGGGCUUAAUAUUGUUAGAAUGAACUUCUCUCAUGGUUCUUACGAGUACCAUCAAUCAGUUGUGGACAAUGCCAGAAAAUCAGAGGAAAUAUAUCCUGGUAGACCGCUUGCAAUUGCUUUGGACACCAAGGGUCCUGAAAUCAGAACAGGAACUACCAAAGGUGAAACAGAUUAUGCAAUUCCUAUGGGACAUGAAAUGAUAUUCACCACAGAUUUGUCUUUCGCAAAGUCUAGCGAUGACAAAGUGAUGUUCAUUGAUUAUAAGAACAUUACAAAGGUUAUUGAACCUGGAAAGAUUAUUUAUGUGGAUGAUGGUGUUCUUUCAUUUGAAGUUUUAGAAGUCGUUGAUGAAAACACUCUCAAAGUCAGAUCUAUCAAUGCUGGUGCAAUUUCAUCCCAUAAAGGUGUCAAUUUACCUAACACAGACGUGGACUUGCCAGCUCUUAGUGAAAAAGACAAGCAAGAUCUGAGGUUUGGUGUGAAAAACAAAGUCAACAUGGUAUUUGCAUCCUUCAUUCGUUGUGCUAAUGAUAUCAAGGAGAUUCGCCAUGUUCUCGGAGAAGAUGGCAAACAGAUCCAGAUUAUUGCUAAGAUUGAGAACCAGCAAGGAGUUAACAAUUUUGAUGAAAUCCUGGAAGUCACUGAUGGUGUCAUGGUCGCUAGAGGAGAUCUAGGUAUUGAAAUCCCUGCACCUCAGGUAUUUGUUGUUCAGAAGCAAUUGAUUGCCAAGUGCAAUCUGGCAGGUAAACCCGUAAUCUGUGCUACCCAAAUGUUAGAAUCUAUGACUUACAAUCCUAGGCCAACAAGAGCCGAGGUUUCGGACGUUGGAAAUGCUAUUUUGGAUGGCGCCGAUUGUGUGAUGUUAUCCGGGGAAACUGCCAAGGGAAACUACCCUCAUGAGGCUGUUGCUAUGAUGCACCACACUGCUCUAAUUGCAGAGUCAGCUAUUGCUUACCUUCCACACUACAACGAAAUCAAGGAUCUUGCUCGUGGUCUUAUUAACACAGUUGAAACUAUUGCUAUUGCCGCUGUUUCUGCUCACUUUGAACAAAAUGCCAAGGCCAUUGUUGUGCUUUCUACUUCAGGAACUUCAGCAAGAAUGAUUUCUAAGUAUAGACCGAAUUGCCCAAUCCUUAUGGUAACCAGAAAUGAUGAGGCAGCAAGAUAUUCUCAUCUCUAUCGUGGAGUAUAUCCAUUCAUCUAUAAACAGGAAGUUAAUGAUAACUGGCAACAAGAUGUUGAAGAACGUUUACAAUAUGCCAUCACUGAAGCCAUUGGCAUGGGAAUAUUGAAAAAAGGUGAUGCUAUCGUUGCAGUACAGGGGUGGACCAAGGGACUGGGUCACACCAAUACUAUGCGCGUUGUUUUUGCUUAA